AUGCUUGCUGCCCAUCGUACGUCCGUCGGCCUCGAUUUGGGCGUUGUUGCCAAUGAUCCUGCCCGUCGCGCCUCCACUAUCUCCGCGGGCAUGAUCAUCAGUCUCCCUCAUGCCGUCGUUCUUUACGUUCGAUCCCCCUCCAUGCAUCUAGCAAGGCAGCUCACCACCGCUCUGAUGCUCACCUACUGCCUCAUAACGGAAAACCCGCCGGAUCGGACUUCGGGGCAAGCAGCCUCGCAUCAAACAUGA